AUGUUCAGUAUGCAGCCCGAACCGCCUGUCAACCCCUCCCAACACAUUGAACCAAAUAAUUCGGUUCUGAGGGAGGGCGCAACUCAAAAGCCCGAAAUCACCGAAGACCCCGUAGCCCGUCACAUCUUUCUGACGGCGGAAGCUAACAGGACCGACGACGGUUUCAUUACAGAGGACGAAAUGGCUGACAUCUUCUCCAAGUUUGACAUGAACGGUGACGGCGAGAUCGACGAGACGGAGUUUAUUGCUCACUGGACGCUGCUUCACCUCGGCGACUUGGAACACGCAGUGACGCUCUUCCAUCGCGCAGACACUGACAAAGAUGGCGCCAUUUCCCGGGAUCCAGAUUACACCAGGCUUUUUUAUUAUACCGAAAGAGUCAACUUGGACCAUAAGAUAUCAGAGUCCGAGUUCAUCACCGUCUGGUUUAGCCUGUCCACGUGA